AUGCGAUUAUCGGCAACUAUCUUCCUUAUGGCUUUUGCUACUUCUGCCUUUGCUGCGCCUGUCGCACAAGGUCCAGGAACCAACAUCAACACGAACACUGUACCUCCGAUUGUAAGCGGCGGUACAGCUAUCAGUCAAGGUCAGAUCCCUUCUUCAGUGAGUAUCAAUGGACCAAACGCCUCUCAAAGUCCUGGUGGUCUCGGGAGCAUGGGCGACGCCGCUGGCUCAGUUAGUCCUGGUAGCUUUGCCGGUGCUACCGCCCUGGAAACAGUAGGUGGUGCCAAGCCCUGA